AUGGUUGAGCCAAGUAAAGUGUUUGUACCGAAUAGUAACAUUAGAAGCCAAUCGGAAGUAGAAAUUUCUAAUAAAGUUGCCCAGCCGAGCAAAGUGCAUGUUCUCAAUAGUAAUAAGAGGCAAAUGGAAGUAGAGGCCACAAAGGAAAUUACUGAGCCAAGAAAAGUGUUUACUCUGAAUAAUAAUACUAAAAAGAAAUUGAAGUCAACGGCGGAUCAUCAAGUUAAAGGUUCAAUAGAAUCACAAGUCUCAAAGAACACCAGUGAUCAAACCAAAAAGGUUUUGCAAAGCCUUAACAAUACUAUGAACAAGUCUCAACAAUCCUUUGAGAAGAAAAAAAGUCUUCUAAAGUGUCCAACCAUGCCCCUUACCGAAUGUCUCGAUAAAAAUAAGGAAAAAAAUGGAGUAGAGGAAUUCGACGAUGAAGAUACAGAAGAAAAUGAAAUGGAAGAAUAUAUGGAGAAUGAUAGCAUCUACAAUAGUAAAGAAGUUGAGGGAAUAUAUGUAAACAAAGUUGAAGGUAAUACCUUAGGUGCUUCAUCCUCAGGAUUAACAAAAAAACGGGGAAAGAUGUUAUGUCAAAAAAUUCAUGGACGACAAUUCAAAGAUAGACAAGAGAUCACCUUGAAUGAAGAAGAACAACCAAUUGGGCCAGAUGAAAAGAUAGUGUCUGAACUCAGUAGUUUUUUGGGGACACUAGGAAGAAGUUCAGAUUUAUGUCCUCUCACUUUCACUAGUUGGAUUGAUUUGGUUAAGCAUUGA